CCUAGCUAGUAUACCAUCGCGCGCCACGCAGAGCGGCGGCUGCACAGCUGACUAGGGCGAUCAUUUGCCACCGGUGAGGGACGAAACACGCCACCGCAGCAGGCCACUCGUGUUUAGUUUCCGGAGCCCCCUGCUCCAAGUGGCGAGCGCGAAAAAGAAAGCCGGUUUGUGAGGUUCUCUUGACUGCAACAGCCUGCUUCGUAUAGAAGAGUCGGCGCGCAGGAAACACUGCGGGCUUGGGAAAGCAGAGGAGGACGACUGCCUUCAGUCAUUUUGCUGUUUGCAACGCCGCGUACUUCCACCAUGCAGUACUCUGCGCUCACCGAGGCCAACUUCCAUUACCCGCAACUCCACAUAGAGGACGACCCCAAGAAGCAGGCGACGGUGGAGAACAUCGUAAACCCUCUCGUGCUCAACGUGCACACCAUCAGCAAGAUCCGGGACGUGUUCAAAAACGAGAUCGAGCUGGGCUUGAUGAAGAAUCCGCGCCGACCGUCCUCUCUGCAGAUGGAGAACACCUACCUACCCGAGCUUCCCGAUGGCACGGAGAAGGGUGAGUUCCUUGCCUUGGACUUGGGCGGCACCAAUUUCCGCGUCCUGCAUCUGCAACUCGAUCCGGAAGGUGAGAAGCAGUUUCACGUCAAAUACUACUCAGUUCCAGAACCUAUAAGACUCGGACAUGGCGAAAAGUUGUUCGACUUCUUAGCCGACUGCAUUCACGACUUCAUGGAGACCAAUAGCUUGAUGGGAAAGCGAAUGCCCUUGGGCUUCUGCUUCUCGUUUCCCAUGGUGCAGAAGGCGCUGAACGUGGGUAUUCUGGUCACUUGGACCAAGAGCUUCAACUGCAGCGGAGUGGUUGGCCAAGACGCUGUACAGAUGCUCAAAGACGCCAUCGACCGGCGAGGCGACAUGGACAUCGAUAUCGUAGCUGUCGUCAAUGACACGACAGGUACCCUAGUCAAGGGAGCUUACCUGGAUCACGAGUGUGCCAUCGGUCUCAUCUUGGGAACCGGGAGCAACGCCUGCUACCUCGAGAAGAUCGAGAACAUCGAGAAGUGGGAAGGCGACAAAACGGGUGUCCGCGAAGUGGUCAUCGAUGUUGAGUGGGGUGCCUUCGGCGACAACGGUGUGCUUAACUUUAUCAAGACAGAUUUCGACCGGAACGUCGACGAUAACUCGCUGCUGGUCAACUCGUUCACUUUCGAGAAGCUCUUCUCGGGCAAAUUCCUUGGCGAGUUGGUACGACAUGUUCUGGUCAAGCUCAUUCGAGAACGAGCCCUCUUUGAUGGCAGGGCUUCCGAGACAAUCCUUACGAAGGGUACGUUCACGACAGCAGACGUCUCGGGACUUGAAGGAGAUGACGGUGAGGGUCGGGCACGCGAAAUUUUAGCCAGAAUUGGCUACAUACGGGUAACCGACGAUGAUAUCGCCGUGGUGCGCUACGUCUGCGGCGUAGCUUCGGCAAGGGCGGCGCUCCUUGUGUCUAUCUGCCUAGCGGAGCUACUGAACCGCAUGCAGAAGCCGACAGUGACAGUAGCUAUUGACGGUUCGCUCUACAAGCACCACCCAAGAUUUCACCGACUCAUGACCGAAUUCAUCACAGUGCUGGCGCCAGAACGACCUUUCAAGCUGAUGCUUGCAGAAGACGGUAGCGGAAAAGGAGCAGGUCUGGUAGCUGCUGUGGCUGAUAGGCUGCGGCGUGCGAAGCAAAAUGGCUACCUUGAGUGAUGGCAGUGCAUCGAUGAUUGUUCGGCGCGAUGUGUGUGAAAAAUGCAACGAAGGUUAUACACAUGUGCAGGAAGUGUACAGUACCGUUUGUAAAUAUAGCGCAGUGUCCUUUAUUGUGUCGUUUAUGCGUCGUCUGUUCAUACCGGGAAACGUUUGUGUUGUUUGCUAAGCUCAGAAAACUUGUAGUACCUUUGUACUUUAUUGUUGAAGACACCACACGUUAAUGUACAACAUCAAGGCAUCACAUUCACACUGAAUACUACAUUCUAUCGUGCAGUCGUGCAUGUGAUAUGUGUUUUAUACUCUAAUACAUUUUGCCUAAAGCUUUUGUUCUCGAGUGAUGUUUGGUUAAGUGGCUACUGAUGAAACUUUAGAAACAUUGAAAACCAGAUGAAGAAAAUUGUAGAUUAUGUGGGAUAUUGUUAGGAACUUAAGAAUAUAGGCUUAAGGGUUGCAAUAUAUUCUAAGGAUAGCAGUGGUUUCAGGAUAUGCACCGUCAAAGUUGCAGUAAAGAUGCACUGUUGUUCCACUUACUUUUUAACAAAACUGUUUUACGCAUAGAAGCACAAAAUACCUGGAACGCCAAUGUAUUUCGUCGGACACUUUCAAAAUUAAUAUCUCGAAACUGGUGGUGCCCUAACAAUUGGUUUCAUUUGCGAACUCACCAGUUACACGUCAUGCAUUGAAAGAUGUGCCGUAGAGUAAUUAUUUCAAAUCUUAAUUAGCGUAGCUAUAGUAUUUAUUCAAGCAGGUAUUUUAAUUACUCGUAGAAGUAAUGUCCGCCUCAUCGAGUAAUUUAAAUUCAGAGUUACAAUUGUGCAUACCGCAACAGGCGAUUUCUUUAGUUGCCCCAGGCAGCUAAAGAAAGCACCUUGUAGACAAGGGGGAAAAAACGACCUGUAGGCGUCAAUGUGCGUACGUAAAUAUGUUUAGUACAGCCCUCUCCGCAGUUAUUGAGUUCUAGAACAAUGUACUUUCAUGGCGCAUUAUUAGGAGGAAUUUCACUCCUUAUUAAUCUGUAAUUGCACGCAGUAUUCCACUUAAACAGCCGAGGUACAAUGUGAGCUGGACAGGACGCUCGUACUGUGCGCGUUUCCUUGUGCUAUAUGUGUUUUUACUCGAGCAGUCAAUAAUGUAAACAGAAAUAGACGAAAUGUCCCACCAAGACGACCUAGACAAAGAUACGUCUCGGCUCAGUCACCGUUUGCCUGCUAGAAAGAAUAUUCAAAGGAAACACUGCAUAAUACAUCAAAGGGACCCAGUUAAUUAUGACUUCAGUAUUUCACCAGAUAACUGAGCUGGGAUAAAGUAAUUUUUUU